CUUCCCUUCAGUCUUGCACAGGUGUACCGGCUCCUUCCCUUCAGUCUUGCACAGGUGUACGGGCUCCUCCCCUUCAGUCUUGCACAGGUGUACAGGCUCCUCCCCUUCAGUCUUGCACAGGUGUACAGGCUCCUCCCCUCCAGUCUUGCACAGGUAUACUGGCUCCUCUCCUCCAGUAUUGCACAGGUGUACCGGCUCCUCCCCUUCAGUCUUUCACAGGUGUACGGGCUCCUCCCCUUAAGUCUUGCACAGGUGUACAGGCUCCUCCCCUUCAGUCUUGCACAGGUGUACCGGCUCCUCCCCUUUAGUCUUGCACAGGUGUAUCGGCUCCUCCCCUUCAGUCUUGCACAGGUGUAUCGGCUCCUCCCCUUCAGUCUUGCACAGGUGUAUCGGCUCCUCCCCUUCAGUCUUGCACAGGUGUACUGGAUCCUCCCCUUCAGUGUUGCACAGGUGUACCAGCAACUAUCCUUCAGUCUUGCACAGGUGUACCAGCUCCUCCCCUUCACUGUUGCACAGGUGUACCGGCUCCUACCCUUCAGUAUUGCACAGGUGUACCGGCUCCUCCCCUUCAGUCUUGCAGAGUUGUACCGGCUCCUCUCCUGGACUGAAAAGGCUUACUCUGAUGUCACUGCACACUGUGAGCUUCUCACAAUGUGCAUUAGAAGCUGCAGCAAGUCAGACAGAUCUCUGGGGAUAAGU